GCGGCGGCGGCGGCGGUGGGUGCGCUCGGCUCCGCUCCGUUCCGCUCCGCUCCGCGCCCGCCAUGGCGGCCCCGGCCCGCCGGCCCCGGGCCCUGCUCGCCCUCGGCCUGGCCCUUCUCGCCGCCGCCGCCGCCGCCACCGCCACCGACCCCUUCUCGCCGCAGCUGGGAGACACCGGCGGGUGCCGCGGGCAGUGCGGCCGCAGCCUGCAGCGCCGGGCCGCCGCCGAUGCUGUUCUCAACGCCUGUUACCGGGGCUGCCGGCUGUUCUCCAUCUGUCACUUCGUGGAUGCGAGCGCCGAGCUCAACACCACCAGAGCCGAGUGCGAAGCAGCCUGCGCCGAAGCCUACGGCAACGCGGAGGAGCAGUUUGGGUGCGUGACCGGGUGCCGCAAGCAGCUGCCCGAGGUGGAGGAGAGCAGGAAGGAGAAGAGCCUGGAGCUGAAAGCGCCGUCGUUUUCCAUGUUGGAUUUGGUCUCCACCUUCUGCAACGACAUCGUCAGCUCUGCCCAGAGCUUCAUCUCCUCCACCUGGACCUUCUACCUGCAGGCGGACGAUGGCAAAGUCGUGGUGUUCCAGUCCCAGCCUGAGAUGGAGUACCCAGGACCCGAGGCCCUGGAGAUCCAGCCAGCACAGCCGGGAUCGGGAUCGGGAUCCAGCCCUGGUGCCCCCCAGCCCCACACAGGCCCCCGGGCAAAGGGGGACAAGCCCCCCGUGAAGGAGCCGCGGGGCAGAGCCAAGGCGAGCCCCCCGGAGCCCCCGCAGCAGGAGCACGACUUCCUCGGCUGCAUGUCCAAGCGCUCGGGCCUUCCUCGCUGGAUCCUGGCCGCCUGCCUCUUC